AUGUACAAAUUAAAUACAGUUGCCAACAGAUUCUUUUCCAGACAUCACCAUCUGCACAGACGCAUUUACACAGGCGCCUUCGAACCUUAUGUCCUUUUUGGGUAUGGGGCUUGGGGGCACCGUCUAAAAUUCAAGCAAAUAGCUAGAACUUUUGAAAUAAUACAGAGAAGGCCCCUUAUUAAAAUUCUCAAAGCCUUUCGGACUACCAGCACACAUGCACUACAAGUUCUUGCAGGCAUUUUGCCUCUUCACCUUAGAGCUAAAGAACUUUUUGCAAACUCCCUCAUUAAGGUGCAAAAAACUCAAGUCAAAUUUGACGACACAUACCUAGAUCCCGAACUUUACGAACCUACUUUCAACCCAUCAUAUGACCAACAUCCUUGUGAAUGGUUUACCUUCCCUUUCCAGAAAAAUCAACCAUCAGGUGAUGGAAUAGAAAUUUUCACUGACGGAUCUAAAAUUGGCGACCGGGUGGGAUCUGCCAUUGCUUGCUUUUUCUUCGGUAAACUAAUAUAUGUUGACUCCCAUCGCCUUGACGACCACUCAACGGUUUUCCAAGCAGAGGCCUAUGCCUUCUUCAUGGCCCUUGAUUACAUAGAUCAAACUAAUCCUUGGAGCAAAGUCUCUAUCUACUCAGACUCACUCUCGCUAUUUUCAGCUCUUGCUUCGCCUAAACGCAAAAGCUGGAUGCUGAAGCAAAUAGCAGACAAAUAA